UAUUAAAUUAAUGAUACAUCCCUUUUCUCCCAUUCUUUAAUUUGUUCAUUUCAAUUUUUCUUUUACUCUUUAUGUCAGCUAUUGAAAUAUACAACUAGCCUAUAAUCAUCAAUUUUAUUUUAUGCAAACUGCUAGAUCCAUCUCAAACAAUGGCAAGUUAUCAGGGAGAACCGUCCGAUGCGAAGGCGCUUGCUUCAGCUGAACCUAACUGGCCGAACCCUGGUCUUCUUACAUUCAGAAAGCUGACAAUCAACAAGGGACAAAUCACCCGAGUAGAAGAAAAGAAGAUGGAAUCUAAUAUUCAAGCCCAAGACACUAUCCUUUGCAGUAACAUUUACAGUGAACAGUUCUGCAAUGCUGCCCGCAAUGUUAAAGGUGUGAUGCUCUACCACUCCUACAAGAAAAGUGAGGCAAUCAAGAUAUGGCAAGAGAUAUUAGUAUCAGAUAAAACCAAUCUAAAUGCACUACAGGACAUAACACUGGCAUACCAAAAACUACGCUACAACCGGAAGGCACAGGAGUAUGAAGCACAGCUGAGGAAGACGAUACGAGAUGCAAGCCCUGAUGCGAAGUGCAUGAUGUUUGCUAGGUGCCAGGCUGAACAGGGUUAUGCUUUAUCUCAAGAUCUGCAUACACAAUCCUGGAAAGGGAUCGACCUGCUUCAAGAACAAACCAAUUGCUACGAGGCGGCGCUUAAAAUGGCUAAGGGUCUCAUAAGCCAGAAGGAGAAGAGAGAUUGGCUUCUGUACACUGGUAAGGCAUAUGAAAGGCUUUGUCACGCUUCUUUCAGGGCUUAUAAUCAAGAUCUCUACAAGGAUUCCAUAGGAAGGGCAAUAGAGAAACUACAUGAAGCCCUCCAAAUGCCUGAUGAAAAUGCACUGUACCAGGCAGAGAUAUGGCUCACAAUUGGGAACAUGUUUUCUCGAGAUAAGAGCUGUGAAGCAUUUGUUCUUCCUCAACUUGUAGAACAAUGCUACAAAGAAGGCUGGGAAGAACCAAUAAUAUGCUACAAAAAGGCUUUAGAAUUUGAUCCCAACAAUCUGUGGCUUUUGGGUCGUAAAGGAAUUUGCCUCUUCAAGAAGCAAGAUUACGAUGGUGCCUUGGAAGCAUUCGAUCGAUGCAUUCAUGCUACUGACGACCUUCCACCCGAGGACCCACAGAGAAAUUCCUCCUGGAAUGCUCUGUGCCACAGAGCCAAGACAUACAUCAAGAAGGCCAAAAAAAUUGGCAUUCAAAGUGAAGAUGCCUACUUGUUUCUUGAGAAAGCACAACUGGAUGCAAACAGGGCAUUUGAAUUAACUCAAUUCCCCACAACACUUACUGUGGCAGGUGAAGUUAACCAUUUGCUCGCCAAGCAUCCACUGACCCCACGGAAAGAUGUUGAUCAUCUCAGAAACAUAGCUCUUGAUAGAUUCUAUGAGGCAUCAGUCUCACAAGAUGGUUCUACUUCCUCAGAUGUCUAUCUCAAGUGGGCAGAGUGUCUUCAAGAUGGCGAGGACUGGCCAUCAGCAAUCGAGUCUUUCAAAAUUGCUUUUGACAUCGAAGGCACUGGGGCAUACUUUCAUGCAUUACUCGCGUCAAAAUUGUUGAAUGCCAUGUUAGGAUACUACAAAGCCAAGGGGAGGCCAAAGCAUUUGUUUGGGGAAGUUGCAUUCUGGUUCAUCUACACCCAUAAGUCCUGCAAUGGUCCACAUAAGUACAUCAAAAUGCUUGACGGGGUAUAUGCUCCAGAGAUCUUGGAUAUACUGGAAUACAGCAGCCAACAUGUUUCUGACGAGUCAACCACAGUACGAGAAAUGAUAAAGACUUUCAAAGAAGUCAUGAAUGAAAGAUACAUACGAGAUAAGAACUUGAAAAUGAGACUGAGCAACCUUGGCAAGAAGAGGAACCCCCGUCUUUCACAAAGGCAAGAGCUUGAACCAACAGCAAUUCAAGAGGAUGAUGUACAUAAUGAUCGCCCACUGACAUUGGGUGUAGACUUUGACUUCUACAUCCUUCAUGAGGGAAACAACCCUGAGAUAAAAGGCUGGAUAAGGUAUUCACUGCUAACGGGUCUUGAAUGCAAGUUCUACGCCUUAAAAGGCUACUACCAUCAGAGAGACUCAAGACUUGGGGCACUGGAACAUGAAUCAAAGGCCAAGGCAAUGGAGAACUCUGCCAAGAUUCUCAUCGUUUUAAGCCACGGCUUUGACGCAAUCAAAAAUGUAACAACCGAAAUAGCCCAGUGUUUACAGGCUAAAAACACAGAAAAGGUCAUUGUCCUCCAGAGAGAGCCUGUGGAAGUGGCUACCAAGCUAAGAUGUUACAAGAAGUUUAAUUUCACUGUGCAAGUAGACCUUCCACAAUUGGCGAGGUACCUACUCCCAGAAAGUUCUCUAUGGGACAUCUAA